AGGAGGUCCGUCUCGCCGGCGUCCGCCUCACAUCGCAGGAGGUAGCGGAGGCGCGCGCACGGUCCGGAGCGCAGUGUCCGACCGGUCAGCGGUCAGUCGUCGGCCAGCGGUCAGCGGUCGGUCAGCGUCGGUCGGAGGUCAGGGAGCGGAGCACCGACACCAUGAGGGCUCUCGUCCUUCUGGCGGUGCUGCUCGGAUCGGCGGCCGGUCCUCGUGUGGUGGCUGCCGAAAAGAGCAGCCGGCGAGCAGACGAUGCGGGAGGCUUCGGUUUCAACCCCUGGCAGCUCAUGAGCACGGUAAUCAACAUGGACGGCGUCAACAUGCAGAUCAUGGAGAACUCUAGCUUCCGCGGCGAGUCGCCCUUCGCAAAGCAGCGCCUCCUGAGCAGCAGCCAGGGCGACAACAGCGAGAAGGUGCCGCUCGACAAGCUGGCCGACAUGAUCGCCGACAUCAUCGCCAAGGAGAUGAAGAACGCUGGCGUCAAUGGUGACGACCUCGACCAGUUCAUUGCCAACCACACCAGCCAGGACAGCGGAGACGAGCAGUUCCCCAAGGACGAUGAUAAGACAGAGGACGACGACGCGAAAACGACAGGCGACGACCAGGGAAACGCUGGACCGAAUGAGAAAUUCAGCGGUCUGAUGCAGCUUUCAGCGCCUUCUCCCAGCGACGGCGAUCCGUCUCUCCCGCAAGGCGGCGGGCCUGACGUGUUCGGCAACGGCACAGACUACUUCACCUGGCUGGAGGACGUCUUGAAGAAGCUCCACGACAAGUUGGCCGAAGACGGCAGCGUCGCCGACGACACGGCUCUGAAUGAGCGCCCCGGACAGAUGGAUGGAAAGCCGACUGGGGACCAUGUCCUCAGGGCUUCAAAGCCUGGGCCUGGGGCCAUCGCCAAAUUCGCUUCAUUCAUACGCGACUUCCGUUAUCAGAACAGCACAAUUAUCGGAGGCCAGCCGCAGCCACCACAGGUGGUCCCUAAAGCCUUAAGUCAUCUUCUCAGUGCUCCUAUGGACAAGGCGGAUACCAGUACUAAGGCGCCUGCCCCCUCUCCUGGGGUCAUUGCCAAAUUUGCUUCAUAUAUCCGCGACUUCCGCUACCAGAACAGCACGCUGAUCGGAGGCCAGCCUCAGCCACCGAAGCUGGCCCAUAAAGCCUUGACUCAUCUUCUUGGUGCCCCUAUGGACAAAGCCGAUCCCAGUACUAAAGCGCACGACGAUUGGAAGGACUCUGAGGACAAGCACGGAGGAUUCGACAACAUCCCAAAGGCGGUGCCGAUGAUCGUCAUGUCCGGCAACACCUAUAUCAAUGACGUGGGAACCUUCCGCAACACGUAUCAGUACGGCAAGCUUCCUGUACGUGUUCGCACUAUCGAGCCAAACGGAAACGACUCCGGCCUGGAGCUGGACGACUCUUCAGGAAACAAAAAAUUACAGUCAAGCAAACGAGAUGGAGACACCAGGGGACUACGACGCAUCAUGAGACUUUCGGCACAAGACCUGCAUGGUCACGACGACGGCAACACGUACAAUGGAGAGGUCAAUGGCCACGAUGACGGCAGCACGUCAGGAAGUGGCAUCGUUCACGGCCAUGAUGAUGGAAACACGUAUGCCGGUGACAUGCACGGCCACAACAACGGCGGAGGCAGUCGAGCUAUCCUCAAAUCCAUCUGGGAUAUCUUCCAUGGACACGAAGACGGUGAAACCAACAACAGUCCCGUCCAUGGACACGACGAUGGUCAAACUAACAACAGUCCAGUCCACGGCCACGACGAUUCGUCUUCAGCGCAGGACGACGGUGAGACCAACAACAGUCCCGUCCGCGGGCACGACGACGGACAAACCAACAACAGUCCCGUACACGGCCAUGGUGAUUCCUCUUCUGUUCACGGACAUGACGACGGUGAAACCAACAAGAGUGCCGUCCAGGGCCACGGCGACGGCGGGCGUAUGCGCGCAUCGGCCGACGUUUCGGGUGCUGGCGGUGGACGCAGCAACAGCCUCACGAUGAUGGGAGUCACGCUCAUAGUGGUGGGCACGGCAGCCGUCAUCCUGGUCAUAAUGGGCGUCGUCACCGCCCACAAGAUGAGGAUCGGCAAAUUCCGCAGACAAGAUUACAUCGUCGUCUAGGGAGCAUUGCACGCAGCGUCAAAAGGGCAAGAGACUGUUGCUGCGUCCGAUGUUUGGAGCUCAGGUGCCCCUAGCGUUGUUGAACCAGUGCAUUUGACGGCCGCCUGUACCAGCCUGAGGUUGUGAUAGCCAGAGCUCGCCUCAUGACCGGACCACCUCCGGCAUGACAUUUACUUGCACAUUAAUGAUGGUUAAUUGGUAUAGUUCACUGCCCCCGUGCAGGGCCUCGAAGAGCUACAUAAACAUAUCUUGACGCUGACUCUUGACAUUCCUUUUUGUGCCGUUAAAUAUGUAAUGCGUAACCGUUAAUGAAAAGGUGUCAUGGCUUUUCUCCUUAUCCCCUGUAUAACCGUGCUCACUGGGAUAUAGGAGAACAUAUGUAAAAGUGAUGGUCUGUUUUUUUUUUAGAAAUACAUUUCUGACCUGAUUAAA